AUGGAGAUCCGGCCGGACAGGUUUAAGGCCGUGGCUGCCAAAACUCUGGGCAAAAUUUAUGGAGCUCUCGAGAAGAAGCAGGAGAACGGCGAGACCAUCGAGCUGUCGGCCGAGGGUCGCCCGGAGCUGGCGGAGGAGAAGGAGAUGCCCGUGGUGGACUGCACGUGCUUCGGCCUGCCGCGCCGCUACAUCAUCGCCAUCCUCUCCGGCAUCGGCUUCUGCAUCUCCUUCGGCAUCCGCUGCAACCUGGGCGUGGCCAUCGUCAGCAUGGUCAACAGCCACACGGCCUACAGGGACGGCAAGGAGGUCGUAGUGAAAGCCCAGUUCGACUGGGAUCCGGAGACGGUGGGCAUGAUCCACGGCUCGUUCUUCUGGGGUUACAUCGUGACACAGAUUCCCGGAGGGUUCAUCUGUCAAAAGUUUGCCGCCAACAGGGUGUUUGGCUUUGCCAUCGUAGCCACUUCUUUCCUCAACAUGCUCAUCCCAGCGGCAGCUCGCAUGCACUUUGGCUGCGUCAUCAUCGUCAGAGUGUUUCAAGGCCUUGUGGAGGGGGUUUCGUACCCGGCCUGUCAUGGCAUUUGGGCCAAAUGGGCGCCUCCUCUCGAAAGAAGUCGCCUCGCUACGACAGCCUUUUGUGGUUCUUACGCGGGCGCCGUGAUCGCCAUGCCACUGGCCGGAAUCCUGGUCCAGUACUCCGGAUGGUCCUCAGUCUUCUACGUCUACGGAAGUUUCGGAAUCACGUGGUACUGCUUCUGGAUCAUGGUGUCUUACGAAAGCCCCGCCGCCCACCCCACCAUCACGGAGGAGGAGAGGAAGUACAUCGAGGAGAGCAUCGGCGAGUCGGCUCAACAUUCGGUGUCGAAAUUCAACACGCCGUGGCGGGCCUUCUUCACGUCCAUGCCGGUCUACGCCAUCAUCGUGGCGAACUUCUGCAGGAGCUGGACUUUCUACCUGCUGCUCAUCAGCCAGCCCGCCUACUUUGAGGAGGUGUUCGGCUUCGAGAUCAGCAAGGUGGGAAUCGUGUCGGCCCUCCCCCACCUGGUCAUGACCAUCAUCGUGCCGAUCGGAGGUCAGCUCGCCGACUACUUGCGCUCCAACCAGAUCAUGACCACCACCAAUGUCAGGAAAAUGAUGAACUGCGGAGGCUUCGGCAUGGAGGCCACGUUGCUGCUGGUGGUGGGCUUCUCGCACACGAAGGGCGUGGCCAUCUCCUUCUUGGUCCUCGCCGUGGGAUUUUCGGGUUUUGCAAUCUCCGGUUUCAACGUCAACCACUUGGACAUCGCGCCACGCUACGCCAGUAUCCUCAUGGGCAUUUCCAACGGGGUGGGCACACUGUCUGGUAUGGUUUGCCCGCUUAUAGUUGGCGCUAUGACCAAGCAUAAGACACGCGAAGAGUGGCAGGGCGUGUUCCUCAUCGCGUCUCUCGUCCAUUACGGGGGCGUCAUAUUUUACGGCCUCUUCGCCUCGGGCGAGAAGCAAGCCUGGGCCGAGCCGGAGCAGCUGAGCGACGAGAAGUGCGGCAUCCUGGACGAGGACGAGCUCGCCUACGAGACCGAGGAGCUGUACCGCGGCGGCGCCGGCGGCUACGGGGCCACCACGCAGGGGGGCGACCCCAACGGGGCCGCGGGAGGCGGCUGGGUGUCGGAGUGGGACAAAAGCGAGGAGUACGUGCAGCCUGCCGGAACCAACAAUUACCUUUACGGCGGAGAGGAGGAGCUGACAUAA